AUGGAAGCGAACACGUAUUUCGUACAAAAACCGGAUGCUACUGGUAAGAUGGGCUUGUCAUGUCUUCAGAAGUGCACAGCGGCUAUUCGGCAACUGGCGUAUGGCUCCCCGUCAGAUGCUAUAGAUGAAUAUGUACGAAUGGCUGAAUCGACAGCUCGAAAGUGUCUGCUUGAAUUCUGCUGCACAGUGGAGAAAGUUUUCGGCGAUGAAUAUCUGCGAUUUCCAACUCAGGAGGACAUUGCGCGUUUGCUGAGAUUAGGUGAAGAACGGGGAUCUCCCGGCAUGCUCGGAUCGUUGGACUAUUGCCACUGGCAGUGGAAAAACUGCCCUAGCGUCUGGGCUAGGCAGUAUAAGGGAAAGGAGAAGAAGCCCACAAUUAUCUUGGAGGCCGUUGCGUCGUACGAUUUGUGGAUAAGGCACGUGUUUUUCGGUAUGCCUGGAUCGAACAACGAUAUCAACGUGAUGGAUAGGUCUCCAUUGUUCUCCAAUUAUUACAAUGGAAAAACUCCUCCAGUUCAAUUCGAAGUCAAUGAUCGUACCUAUAAUACUGGGUAUUACUUAGCAGACGGAAUAUAUCCUCCACUCGCAACGCUGGUUCAAACAAUAUCGUCACCAGUGGGUUUGAAGCGCAAG